AUGAAAAUAACAAUUCUCCUAGCAGUCCUAUUGGCGGUGGACAGCGCCCGAGGCGUCUUGAACAAGAAACCCGCGGAAGCGGAUCUCACGAUAAAAAACCCGCCCUUGAAAUCCUUGAAACACGCUCAGGACAGAAUAAGCAGCUUUCCUCACGGAAAAUUCGGGCUUCCGAAGUUCAACUUCGACAGUUUUGGCCCGGAGCACCACUACCGCCCGAAAAAAUUCGCUCCGAGAAUAGAAUUGUCGUCACUGAACAGCUUGACUUAUGCGUCAGGCAACAACUUUUUCCGCAAGCCGUCCUUCCCACACCCGAGUUUCUCUCUAGGAUCACGUCACCCAGGACCAAAUAACUGGCGAACAGGAUUCAAGUCCCACACACCAGUGAUUCCAAUUUCCUUAGAAGCCUACGGUCCACCCAAUAAGCCCGCAUUGCCUACAUUUUCUUCAGGAUCUUCACCUUUCGCCCAGAACCCUAACCACAACCAUGGUUUCCCACAAAAUGGUUUCUUCAACAAUGAACUAACCCAUUCGCCGCUGCAGAACAACGCACUAGCGCCGCCUACUCAACCCGACAUCAAAUACGACGGAUGGCAGCCAAUCGCCGGCAACAUAGUGGCGUCCAGUCUGGAGCAACCUCCUGCUUUUCACGACAACGUUCCGCAGCCUAUCUUCCACGAUUCUAACGCAGCGGUUCCCAAUUUUGACGCAAACGUUCCUCCUUACCUAGACUCUGGAAAUGUUCCCCAAAAUUUCCAAGACAACAUUCCCCAGCAAGUCUUCCACGACACCGGAUCUGCCCCAACCAACAACGGGCCUUCAAGUCUCCUGAACCCAGAAUUCGGAUCAGCGCCAAGUGAUUCCUACGGCGAACCAAUUUUCAACCCCGAGGACCACAAUUUGAAGCAAUCUGUGCGAUCUAGAGACGAAACUGCCUUACCACCACCGCCAUUACCCGAACAGGAGCCAUUCCACGUGCAAGGACAGCCAGACAAUAGCGUUCCAAGCUUGCCUAAUCCUCAAGAACAAGUAAGACAUGCAGGACUAUCUGGACCAGGUCAAAAUCCCAUCAAUCCUUACCCAGUUCAGGAAGACUCCUACUUGUCGCCUCCGCCUUCUUCUUUUGCAUCCGACGGACCUUAUCCCGCCGCUAGGAAGCCCUUCUCAAGACCUCCUGGACCUGACUUUGGGUUCAUCAGGAUUCCAAACUUCCGAGCGCCUUCCAGACCUGCUAACCACCCGCAAAUGCUCUUCCCAGUGAGCUUAACUCCUCCAAGGACUUGGGCACCAGUCCAGUUUCGGCAGGAGGAUCAAAAUUAUGGAUCUCACAGCGCCGCUUCGGAGUUUUCCGAAAAUUACAACGUUCCUUCUGUGAGCUUGCCUCUGGAAAAAGACAACUGCAAUGAUAAGCCGCAUAAUCACUUGGAUUCGGACGUGUCGAUGAGUUAUAACCAGAUCGUUGUGAGCGAGGACUCGCGGGCUAACAAAAUCUCCGGUGAUCCUCUGUCGGGGUUACCAUCGGAAAACAACUACGCGGGAUUAAGCGACGCGGAUGAAGCAAAUAACAAAGUUCAACAAGGACAAUCAGCGCAGGAUUACGGGAAUCCAGAGGCCGUAAAUCAGCAGUUUAAGCAGGAAGCCAUCGCUAUUUCGCAAAAUGCUAAUGAUGAUGGGUAUCAAAUUCAGGGAACCAAGGGAGUUUAUUCUCUUCAAAUACAACCGGCGGAUGGAAGCCAGGGAACUGAGGAUUCUGACAGCUCGAUUAGACACGAGCAGUUAUUGUCUGACGGACUUUUGCAGAAUAUUCUGGCCGCGAUUGAGCAGCCAGGAAGUGAAAAUGCCAAUGACCAGUCGGCUUAUCAGCCACAAGUCGCGGCUAGCUUCGAUCUCAGUGCUGCGUCAUCACAGUUAGCGUUAUCGGCUGGUGAUAAUCAAGAUAGUCUUCCGCUUAAUGAUAAAAGUGAACAAGCGCUCUUUGGUGAAUCGCAAAAUUAG